CUCGGCACUUCGGGGACGCUCCGGAGCGGGACCGCGGCCGGGGCCGGGCGGCCGCAGCCGCAGAUGUCAAAAUUAACCUGGACUGCUUGGGAAUGGCGAAACAUAGCCCUGGGAUCCUGCCAUGAACAGUGCAUGAAGAACAGAGGAGAUAUUUCCGCUUAGCAGAGAUGAUGUGGAGAGACUCUUUAUCCCUGGUGGAAGAGGAGGAUCCUCAUAUGAAAGUGUCUCUUGGUAGCAGCGAUAUGGGCGUCUCUGCCCAUCUGCAGUCUUCGAAGACAGGAACCACCAGAUUUUUCACCAGCAAUACUCACAGUUCUGUGGUAUUACAGGGUUUUGACCAGCUGCGAGUGGAAGGUUUGCUCUGUGAUGUGACGCUCGUUCCUGGAGAUGGUGAUGAGGUGUUCCCUGUCCACAGAGCAAUGAUGGCUUCUGCAAGUGAUUACUUCAAGGCCAUGUUCACAGGAGGAAUGAAGGAACAAGAUUUAAUGUGCAUUAAGCUCCAUGGGGUGAACAAAAUAGGCCUAAAGAAGAUCAUUGAUUUCAUCUAUACUGCAAAACUUUCCCUUAACAUGGACAACCUUCAGGACACUCUGGAAGCUGCCAGUUUUUUGCAGAUUUUACCCGUUUUGGACUUCUGUAAAGUAUUUCUUAUCUCUGGGGUUUCGUUGGAAAACUGUGUUGAGGUUGGGCGAAUUGCCAACACAUACAAUCUCACAGAAGUGGAUAAAUAUGUUAAUAAUUUCAUCCUGAAGAACUUCCCUGCAUUAUUAAGUACUGGUGAAUUUGUGAAACUCCCCUUUGAACGUCUUGCCUUCGUGCUUUCAAGUAAUAGCCUUAAGCACUGCACUGAGCUUGAACUCUUCAAGGCGGCGUGUCGCUGGCUGCGCUACGAGGAGCCUCGCAUGGAGUACGCUGCAAAGCUCAUGAAGAACAUCAGGUUCCCCCUGAUGACACCCCAGGAUCUUAUCAACUACGUUCAGACAGUGGACUUCAUGAGAACUGACAACACCUGUGUCAACUUGCUUCUGGAGGCCAGCAAUUACCAAAUGAUGCCGUACAUGCAGCCGGUGAUGCAGUCGGAGCGGACGGCGAUCCGCUCGGACAGCACGCACCUGGUGACCCUGGGGGGGGUGCUGAGGCAGCAGCUGGUGGUCAGCAAGGAGCUGCGGAUGUACGACGAGAAGGCCCACGAGUGGAAAUCCCUGGCUCCCAUGGAUGCGCCCAGGUACCAGCACGGCAUCGCCGUCAUCGGCAACUUCCUGUACGUGGUGGGGGGCCAGAGCAACUAUGACACCAAGGGAAAGACGGCGGUCGACACGGUCUUCAGGUUUGACCCUCGCUACAACAAGUGGAUGCAAGUGGCAUCUUUAAACGAGAAACGGACCUUCUUCCACCUAAGUGCCCUCAAAGGACAUUUGUAUGCAGUCGGAGGUCGGAAUGCAGCGGGUGAGCUAGCCACUGUGGAAUGUUACAACCCCAGAAUGAACGAGUGGAGCUACGUGGCAAAAAUGAACGAGCCCCACUAUGGUCACGCUGGAACCGUGUAUGGGGGGUUAAUGUAUAUUUCAGGGGGAAUUACCCAUGAUACUUUCCAAAAGGAACUCAUGUGUUUUGACCCUGACACGGACAAAUGGACUCAGAAAGCUCCGAUGACGACAGUCAGAGGUCUGCAUUGCAUGUGUACUGUAGGAGACAAGCUGUAUGUUAUUGGUGGAAAUCACUUUAGAGGAACAAGUGAUUAUGAUGAUGUUCUAAGCUGUGAAUAUUACUCACCAACUCUAGACCAGUGGACUCCAAUUGCCGCCAUGUUACGUGGGCAAAGUGAUGUUGGGGUUGCUGUCUUUGAAAAUAAAAUCUAUGUUGUUGGAGGAUAUUCUUGGAAUAACCGGUGUAUGGUGGAAAUAGUUCAGAAGUAUGAUCCAGAAAAAGAUGAGUGGCAUAAAGUAUUUGACCUUCCAGAAUCUCUUGGUGGCAUUCGAGCCUGCACUCUCACUGUUUUCCCUCCGGAGGACAAUACAGGGUCACCGUCUCGAGAGUCUCCCCUUUCAGCACCUUAGAACCAUCCCUUGGCUCACCAUGUUGUAGUAACACCUCUGCACUGCAUCAUGGGGUCUGUCAUUUUUCUUCAGUAGUUUCUGUUAGGCUUAGCCUACAGCAUUUCAUACAAUUACUGGAAAAAAAAAAAAAAAAAAAAAAAAGACUUUGGCAUUAUUUGUGCUGUUUGUUUGGCCUAGAAUGUCUCUCAAGUGGUUAAGAAAAAAAGAUGUACUCGCCCGAGCCAAAUGUUUAACAAAUGAGAGGAUAUUCUCUGUAAAAUGUACAAACUAGGUACGUUAUUAAAGUUGUAUGUUCGGUGUGAGGUACCUUAUAGCUUACAUUUGGGAGCCCAGUGAGUCAAAUUUGUAUUGAACAUGUCACUGAAUUUCAUGUUGAAAUCCUUUAUCCUUUCAUUUUUGACUGCAGAUCACAAGGGUAGGUAGACCACAUCAAUGUGAACUCUCCGAAGGUUGCCAAGGGGCCUGAGCUACCUCCCUCUUUACACAGAGUAUUUUGACAUAUCUGUUUACCCACCUGACUUUGUGGGUGCUUUCAGAGCAUAUGAAGUUUCUUAGGCAGAGGGAAGAAAUAAAGUAAUUUUAAAAUAUUAGCACUGUACAGGAGCAGACGUUGUAGAGGCCGGGAGUUUUUUAUAACAUAUAUCGAGUGUUUUUCCUGAGUCAGUUCAAUGAUGCUUCAAACAAAACAUCCGAAACAUAUUUGAGUUUUUUAAUUUGUUUUGUUUUCAGGAAUUGGCUUCCGCUUGCAUGGGAGCACACACUAUUAACAAAUGGGAAUUCAGUGCAGUUGUGUAUUCUGUGCUAUGGCUGUACUGAAUAUGGGUAGUUAAGGGCUAGAAACAGUAACUUAAGCCACUGAAUUUGACCAAAUGGUUCCAUCUGAUCAAAUUGAAUCUGCCUUUUCUCCUUUGCUGUUGAGAUAACUUGCAUAAUGUGUCCUCUGUAUAGUCUCAGUUAAUAAGGUUAUUUAGCACAAAGUGCAGCUUCAGUGAGAGAGCUGCUUUUGCUCAGUGAACCUGGACUACCACAUUUUACCUUCUUUUGUUCAAUAAAACUUUUAACUGCAGUUACCCAGUCUAAGCUACCUCAUUAAUGUAUUUGGUUUUCUUCCUCUGCCUCACUGUCUCCGGGAUACGCGUUACGUAUAUCCACGCGGGUAGAUGAAUCUGCUAGGAAACCAAUGCAGGAGUGAUCAUGAAAUGGGUAUUUUUGACCUACUUUUAAGAAACUAUUUUGAUCUGAUGUGUUCAUUUUAUUGUUAGGGACUGAUGAAAAACCAGUGUUAAUGAUUUUUUCCUUGGAGGACUGCUUAUGUGUGCAGCCCUGCAAAUUCACAGGAAUCUCUACCUGCUCCAAAAUACAGUGCCCUGCUGACAAACUGCAGCUCUGAUUAUGCCAUUGUGAUUGUUCUGAACUUCCCAUCAUGUUACAAGUCAUUUUGCUGAUGAACAGCCACAGGGGCGUCCUCUGGGGAAAACUGUUUAAACCAGCUUAUUGUGUUACCUAUUAAUAAUAACCAAGUAAAGCUUAAAAGACUUUUGUUGGGAUUUUGCUAUUUGUGUUUUGUCCCUGCUUGAUGCAUCAAGCAGCAGGAUUACUGUGGUGUCAGUUUUGAAAAUGCUGAUAUUUAUUCUUUGUGCAGUUUACUAGUAAUGGUCACUACCAAAAUCUAUAUGUAAGCUUUAGGUUUCAUAAUUGUUUUGGUUAAUGUCAAAAUCAAUUCUUCCUCUUUAAACAAUUGAAGUCUCAAUUCCAUGUGUCUGUGCAAGGUUGUUGCAGGUGGAAUAGUGGCACCAGUGGAUACUCCUGGAAACUGGCCAUUGAAGAUAAAUUGAUUCAUCACCCUAAGAAUACUCUUCUUAUGCUGUGCAAAGCACUGGAUAGAAAAAUGUUGCUCUGUUGUUUAAGGAUUUUUCAAUCAUUUUAGUAUCACAUGCUACUAAUUUUUUUUUUCCCCCGCUCAAAGACCAGAUUUUAGAACCUGCUUGAGUUUAAAUCCCCUGAAAUCCAUAUUCUGUGUCUUCUAUUAAUUAAACUGAAAAGCACUUGAAGGAGUUGCAAUUCUUUUAGGAUAAUGUAAAUAUAUCCUGCUCUUUGUAUGCUGGGGAUGAGGGACACAGUGUUUAAAAGUGGGUAUCUCACAGGUAUUCUCUGUUUGGAAGAAGCUUAACAUGGGUUCUGAUCAUUCUGAGGUGGUUUAAAGCCAGGAUGUCAGUUUUGUGUCUGAGCCUUGAAUAGCCAGGAGCUGGUAUACGGCCACAAUGUUGAGGGGAUUUUUUUUGUGGGUUGUUUUGUUUUGUUUUGUUUCAUUUUUUGUUUAUUUUAUUUUAUUUUGACUCAUUAUUUGUUAUACGUAAAGUGGAAGAAUUAUUUUCGAACAUUUUGUCAUCAGUGGAUUAAAUGUAGUGCUUCGAUCAAAUUAAUCUUUGGGGUUUUUUGUUUGUUUGUUUUUUUUAAUCUCCCUCUGGAUUAAAGUGUUUAUAAUUACAUUAGUUAAAAUUUACUCACUCGAAUUGAAAAGCAAACAUCAAAGACUUGCCCAAAACUGCAAACUGCUUUCUUCUGUAAUGUAGUAUAAAAAUGACUUGAUGCUCAUUGCAUCCAUCUUAACCAUGGCAUAAGAGCCCCUUUCCAUCUCUGAACCUGCAGCUGUAGGUACACAUGGAUACAGCAAAUACCCAUCUCCAUUUCCAGUCAGGCUGCCUCUUCAUAAAUCUUAGAUUCUCUCAUGUUGCACUUGUAGUACCUGAAUCAGAAAAGCAUCUGGAUAAAAAGCAAUUAUAGCUAUUUGACUUGAAUGAAAUUAAUGCUGCAUGGUGUGCCAGCUGGAGAGCCACAGGAGCUGUCUGCCCUCUCCCAGUGAUGCAGACACACGCUGCAAAAUUCAUUCAGACGUUGCUUUUUGGUGCCCAAUUAGCAGCAAAUGCCAAAAGUGCUCACUUCCAUAUACAGUUUGGCCAAAGGCCCAUCUGAUAUCCCUGCAAAACCCAGCACUCUGACUCCAGAUACCCAAGAUAACAUUUCCCUUGUUCUGUGUUUUGAGAUAGGACAAGAACAAUAGGGAAGAAGACCUGGGAAAAUCCAGGUUACAUGAAGUUUCUUUGCCCUGUUAACAUCAGAGGGUUCAUCAUCUGCAGAUGUCCAUUUCUUGUGUGAUUCCCCUCCCCUUAGAAAGUUGUAAAGUCCAAGAACCUGGUCCAGGGAAAGCAAUUCCUGCAAGGAUCCAGCCAGUCUUGUGGCUUCUUGGGAUAAUGGAGUUGUGCUGAAGGGAUGAGCACUGGUGCAGCAGAACGUGGCUGACAGCCUGGCUGUGGCUCUACAGGCCCCUUGGGUGCAAGAAUCACUUUACCUGUUCCCAGAACAAAAGUGAGUUGUUUUCUUAUAAACAAUUCUAUUUUUAAAUUGUCCGUUCUGUUUCUGAGGGGUAGGAUCUCUCAGGAGUAGAAUUUUAGUAACAGUCAGAAGCUCAAACCAGUGAUCUGGUCCUUUAGUGGAAUAAUGGCAAUCAUGGAUUAGAGCAGUUUGCAUGCAGAUAAAUAAAGUUCUACCUAAAGGCUUACAGUCUUAAUCUGAUGGGCUGGUUGGACAUCAAAAAAUAAUUUGAUACCACAGUAACAAGUACAGUACAAAUAUCUGGAGAAGUUUCUAACCAAAGAGUUGAGGAUGAUCUGAUUAGAAAAGAUCAUAGCACUUUUCUUUGUAAAGUUCAUUCUGCCUAGCAGAAUUGUUGUUCCUUCUUAAUUUGCCCUCCAGCUGGUGAUUACCUCACCUUUACACUGAUGUCUGACUCUGCUGGUCACUGUUUUUUCAGUCCUUGGUUUUGUAGCUGACAUCUCUGUUACUUCCUCUGCUCCUGAUCAGAACAGAUAAAGCUGAGGCUUUUUUAGUGGCACUUAUAUCAAGAGAGAAAAUAGCCCUCUGUUGAUAAAUGUAUUUGUAAUUCAGCUUGUGCAUUCUUGGAAAUAUAAAAGCAGUUUUAAGCUAGUGAAAGGUAUGUGCAUGUUGCAGGAGUAAUGAGUGUCCCGUUUCCUCCUGGCUUGCACCUGACAUGCUGUGUGGAGGGCUGUGUGUAGUGGUGACCCAGAGGUCUGCAGGGAGAGCCAAGCUCUCAUGUGGCACUUUAUGCUUUCCAUGCUUUGUGAAAGUGUUCUUUAUUGCACACCAUAUGUAGCUUACUGGGUAUUUUUUCUUUUGUAUUUUAAAUGUGAAUAAUGAUUCUUCGUGUGCAAAUGUAGUCAGAAAAAAAAAAGUCUUAAAGGGCAGAGUUAUACUUUGCUUAAUUGAUAAAGUUUUUAGUCCCGUGAGUAUUGCAGGACCCGUUCAGCUGUGAAAAGGUGAUUGCAGUUUGAGAGCAAGCUAGGAAAUCUGGAUGGCUUUCCUGCCUGUCACCAGGUCACAUGUUCUUGUUGCCAGUCUUUCACAGGUCUUUAAGAGAAGUUCUUUUCUUGGUCAGUAGGCUCGCAUUUUGAUGUCCAGUUGGACCCGCUGAUUACCCACUCUGGGGAAAACGUGGUGGGAUGUGUUUUCACAACCUGAAACAACAUGGCUUGUUUUUUUCAGGAAUUCCACCAUCAGUGACACACAGGAGUCCCCCAGAGUUCUUUAAUGACCUGGGAAUUUGUACAGAGAUGUAGCCCAGGGAACCUGGGAGUGGUGCUACAGCAGGAGCCAUAAGUGGCUGACAUUCCUGAGGGAUGGUCUCCUACUAUAUGUAUUACUUUGGCUCGAGUGCUGUUUUUUCCCCAUCUGUGGGAGUAUGUAUUGCUGCUGUUUAAGUUUUUAACUUUUUUUUUUCAUGAAAUGAGUAAUGCCUCUGUGAGUCUGCAGUGGGAGCAAAAGGUUCAGGUGGCUCUUUCUUUCAGAGCUUCACGCUGUCAGGCUGUCCACAUGGUUAUUAAACCCUUUCUAUUUGGAGUUCUGUUUCCUAAGUGUUUAGGAGAAAUCAUUUUGCAAUGUGAAAAGAUCUCGGAUGAAAAUGUUUUUGGGACUGGAAGAAAACUGCAUAUUAUUUUAGAUUUUUUUUUGUCAUGGUUUAGAGGUUAGUUUGGACUUUCAGCUCUCACAGACUGAAUGGGGAGUGAUAUAUAUUUUUUUUAAAUUUUUUUUUAAUAACUUAUAGUUGGCUUAAGUGAGUCAAAGCUCAGUUAUUUGUACCUGCUUGCACUCUUGGCUGGAUGUUGUAUUCUCCAUCAGACCACAGCAUUCUGUGCUGUCUGGCAUCUGUUUCCUUGUGUAAGAGCACCUCCUGUCUUCCCUGCUGCCUGUUGAUGGAAUUCCAAAAUCAAUCUGAGCUUGGGUUCUUACAUCUGAAGUACCUGUGGAGCUAAAGACCAUGUGGAGCUGUGGAUUGAGGGCCAUGGCUUUGACAUUUAAUUCCCCACCAGCCCCUCACUGCUUUGCAAGAUGUUCUCAAACCCAGCUAAAAUCUGUGUGCACGAGGCAAAUCUCUCAGGCUGAAAAUUUUAGUAACCUGGGCAUCUAAAGACCACCAGCAUGUCCUCGUCCCCUCUGCAAGGAGAGUUGUGCCCACGAGCUGCUGAGGGCUCUGGAAGGGGGCAGGCACAGGAACUCCUUGGGUAACCAUAGCUUUUGCUGGCCUUUGAUUCUGCUCUUCCUUCUGUGCCCAGAUGGAGAUGGUGGGAGGGAAGGUCAGGGUUGGGUCACACUUUACAGCUCUCAGUAGAGAGCAAGUUUGUUUCUUCUCCUCUGUCUGCACAACACUGCAGGAAAAAGAACUGUAGGAACAUUUCAUAUUUUAAACAUUGUUUCACAGAACAGUAUUCAUUAAUAAAGGAAAAAUUAGUCUGUUUUAACCUGUGUUCCUCAUAACCAGGAUUGUUCCAAAAUACUUGGCUUCUGUUGAAUUAACAACUUUGCCUUUACCUCCCUUGUUCAACGUUACUGUAAAAAAAAAAUUGCUUGGUUUCUUUUCCAUUUGUUUUUCAUUGCUUGUAACCUUUUCUUAGAAAUGUGGAAAUAAUUUUCCUUACAUGUUUUAUGCACCGAAAUAAACACACCACUGAUCACCUGA